CCAGCCGGCUCCUGCCAAUGCUUCCCCCGCCUCCUCUUCCUCCUCCUCCGCCCAUCACCGCCACUACGGACGCCUUCGCCUCCUUCUACUCCUCGCGCCGCCGCCACUCCUCGCGCUCUCCUUCGGCUGCAACGAGCCCAUCGCUCCCCGCUCGCCGGGCUGCUGCAGUCUGUCUGUCUGUCUGUCUCUCUCAAGUUUCCUAUCUCCUCAAGAUCAAGGCAAAGGGAGGAAAACACCCAAUUCUGCUUGCCGUUUCAGAGUGGUGAUGAAGAUGAAACUGAACAUCUGCAACAUGCAGUUGCUGCUUCUUGUUUUCUUGGUGUGGGACCCAGCCAGGUUGGUGCUGGCUAACAUCCAAGAAGAUGAGGCUAAAAAUAACAUUACCAUCUUUACAAGAAUUCUAGACAGACUUCUGGAUGGUUACGAUAAUCGGCUUAGACCAGGACUGGGAGACAGUAUUACUGAAGUCUUCACUAACAUCUAUGUGACCAGUUUUGGCCCCGUCUCAGAUACAGAUAUGGAAUAUACAAUAGAUGUUUUCUUUCGACAAAAAUGGAAAGAUGAACGGUUAAAAUUUAAAGGUCCUAUGAACAUCCUUCGACUUAACAAUUUAAUGGCCAGCAAAAUCUGGACGCCAGAUACCUUCUUCCACAAUGGGAAAAAAUCAGUAGCACAUAAUAUGACAAUGCCAAACAAGCUUCUUCGAAUCCAGGAUGAUGGGACUCUGCUAUACACAAUGAGGCUUACAGUUCAAGCUGAAUGUCCAAUGCACUUGGAGGAUUUCCCAAUGGAUGCCCACUCAUGUCCUCUGAAAUUUGGCAGCUAUGCGUAUACAACCUCGGAGGUCACUUACAUUUGGACAUACAAUGCAUCUGAUUCUGUACAAGUUGCUCCUGAUGGCUCUAGGUUAAAUCAGUAUGAUCUGCUGGGCCAAUCAAUUGGGAAGGAGACAAUUAAAUCCAGUACAGGUGAAUAUACCGUAAUGACAGCUCAUUUCCACUUGAAAAGAAAAAUUGGGUAUUUUGUGAUUCAGACAUAUCUGCCUUGCAUCAUGACUGUUAUUCUCUCCCAAGUGUCAUUCUGGCUUAACAGAGAAUCUGUGCCGGCAAGAACUGUGUUUGGAGUAACAACUGUUCUCACAAUGACCACUCUAAGCAUCAGUGCUCGGAAUUCUCUCCCCAAAGUGGCUUAUGCAACUGCCAUGGACUGGUUUAUUGCUGUUUGUUAUGCAUUUGUGUUCUCUGCCCUAAUUGAAUUUGCAACUGUUAAUUACUUCACCAAAAGAGGAUGGGCUUGGGAUGGAAAGAGUGUAGUAAAUGACAAGUCCCCUUCAAUAAAAGCUGAAGGCAUUACAUUAAUAUACAACUCAGUGAAGGCAAUUCUUCAAGGAGCUAAGCUAAUAUGGUCCAAGUAUAUAGCUUUCUCAUGGCCCAGUUUAAUCCAAGGAAAGACUUUAGAGUACUUAGAGAAGUGGAUGGACUGUAUAACCUUCAAACAAUCUUCUAAAAAAGAAAAAGCCUCUGUCAUGAUACAGAACAAUGCUUAUGCAGUGGCAGUUGCCAAUUAUGCCCCGAAUCUUUCAAAAGACCCAGUUCUCUCCACCAUCUCCAAGAGUGCAACCACGCCAGAACCCAACAAGAAGCCGGAAAACAAGCCAGCCGAAGCCAAGAAAACCUUCAACAGUGUUAGCAAAAUUGACAGAAUGUCUAGAAUAGUUUUCCCAGUUUUGUUUGGUACAUUUAAUUUAGUUUACUGGGCUACAUACUUAAACAGAGAACCUGUAUUAGGGGUCAGUCCUUGAAUCUAGACACGGGUUGUCUUUGGGAUGUAUAGCAACAUUAAACUUGGUUUGUUUUGCCAUGUACAGUCUGACUAAUAACUGCUAAUUUGUGAACCAACAUGUACAGUAUGUAUAUAGCAAUAUAGCUUAUAGACCUCUAAUAGAGACACGCAUUUGCUAACUUGUGGUACUGCAGGCAGAAAGCACCCCAUGCCCAAAAAGCCAUUGCCUUUUUAAAAGAUUUACCCUAGGAACUGGUUUAAAGUGGAUUUCAGAUGACCUGAUUUAUUUUCUCUUUUCCUAACAGCGAUGAAAAUGGAGAUCCUACACCACAUUUUAUGGACCCUUUUGAUUUAGGUCUUACAUAGGAGUAUUUUCUACUGUUGCCUAACUAUAAUGUAAGGUAACAUUGUCGUUCCAAGAUGAAUUCUUCUAAAUAACAGAACCUCAUAUCUGCAACAUCAGUUCCCUUCCCGAGUGCUCAGAAUCCCUGCUAGCAUAAUUGGAAGCUUAGUACACAUCAGAAGAAAAGCUAGAGAUUUGAAAUCAGCUUUUAAUUACUCUGUAUAGUGUCUAUAGCCAUGUACAUAUUACAGCAUGACAAAUUCAAAUAAUUAUGAGUCACCCCGACAGGAUGUUCAUUAUGCCUAGAAUUUAAUAACCAUUGGAAUGUCAUGGUCAUCACAUUUUUAGCAUCAGAGUUUAUUUGAAAGUAAUAAUUGAAAUCCUACAGAUUAUUGUAAUCAUUGGAAACUACCUUAAAUUAAACAAAAAGACAAUAAAUAGGUCUUACUCUUUCCAGUAUGUGUUGUAUUGAAAUUGAUCAGCUAAAUUUUCUUGGUGCUGGAGACUGGAAGAAACAUCCAGUUUGGCUGCUGUGGAGCAACAUUCAUACUGGAUUAGAAAACUGUGCCAAAAACUCCCAUCAAUGAGAGUUCAUAGGUGUCACAGAAUAUGUAUAAGCACUUAUACGAUUCUCUCCUUUCCUGUUUACUGCAAAUUCUGCCUUAAGGCUUCUUUUCAUCAGGACUCAGAAGCCACUAAUUACAAAGGAAAGGGCAGUUAAUUGGCACAUUUUUCUGUCUUGAAAGCAGCUCUUUCAGAUAAGAAUUAAUGUAAAUCUGCUUUUGUAAAUUGCAACUUUAAAUUUCUCUGACUCAAAUUUGCAGCUUUGUAUACCUGAAGAGGUUUUGGUAAGAGUUGAACAUUUUUAAACUGAAACUUUAAAGCAUCACCAACAGAUUGCGGAUUAGUUCACAUGCACAGACAUCACACACACACACACACACACACACACACACACGCACACACAAUUAGCUCAAUUAGGAUACACACACAAACAUGUAGCUAAAUUAGAAACCAGAAUUUUCAAUUUUAUAUAAUUACUAAUUAUUAAUGAGUAAAAUUCAUUUUCCUUUCAGUAUUUAAAAAAUACUCUUUAUGUCCCUGAAAUAUGUUAAUAGAAAUUAAUAGUUGUGUAUCAUACCUAGAUUCAACAUUUUGGGCAAACUUAAAAUCCUUUUGACUCACAUAUACAUUAGCAGUUAUUAGUUGACUUUUACUAAUAGAUACACCUAUAUGACGGUGUUUUUGUAGAAACGUAAGUAGUCAAAUAGUGGCAUUUCUUGCAGUUUUGUACAGUAUUUCAGUAUAGUGCAUAAAUAGGUAUGUUCAUAACAUCAAUAAAAGGAGUAUCUUAUGGAAAUAAGCAAAAUCACAACAAAAACUGCUAUUUCUUUGCCUCAUUUAAAUUUUAUUUUUUUUCAUUUUCUUUGUUUCAGUGUGAUUCUGUUAUGUGCUUUGCAUGACUGUAUUAAUACCAAGGUCACAAAUGCAUCUUAUUAACAGAAUUGGCGGUGAAGACAGCCUUGACAUUAAAAAUUCCCUCAUGAAAAGUAAUCCAUAAUCCUUAAUAAAAUAAAUUUGUUACAUGAGCCAAUAAAUGUAUUUCUUUAAUUCCCUUCCAAUAGCAUCUUCUUUGUCAUCUAAAUUGUUUUUUAAAGUGCACUUUAUUCAUACACUGGAAUGGAAGAUAUCCUAUUUUCUUACACAUUUAAAUAUAUCAUAGCUCUUCUGGGCUGUUUAGGGAAGGGUGUGGUAGUCUAAGACAGUACACAAUGCCUGAAGACAAGCAAUAAAAAGUGCUUUGUAUGGUAUGUAUUGUUAGACACUUUAAAUAUUGUUCUUAUAAGUUCUGCAUUUCCCCCUUAAUGUGUGACUAUACAUUAUAAAUUUAUAAAUAUGUACAUAUGUAAAAAUAUUUGUGAAUAGCAGUUUCUGUAGGACAACAGAAAAGACUCAUCUAUACUUUUGGCAAAAGGCUGCACCUACAUUGAUGGUACCUGUUUUAAUAAAAUUUAUGGUAGAUUGGCCAGAAAAGUUAUCAUUAUUGUUAUUUUUAUUUUUACUUUCAACUGUUAAAAUCUAAUUUGAGCCUAAUGAUAUCCUGACGGUUGAGAUAUUCCAAUAAUGUGGAUCAGGAUUUUCUAUUAUUUCUCUUACUUUCGUGGAAUUUUUUCUUACACACUUCUUAAUCUUUUAAAAUUUAGAUAAAUCUAAAGGAGCUUUUAGUCUUGCUGGAGAGAGGGAGGAUGGUCCAUGGAAAAGGAUUUUAAAUUAUAGAAGCAGAGUCUUUACAAUUAUUCUCCCUUCUAUAAAUCAUUUUAAAAACACAAAAAAGUGACAUGGAUUUAUUAAAAUAAGAUUAAUUUUUCAGGAAACAUUUUUAAUAAACUAACAAUGGUCUCUUUGGCCCAUAAUAUUAUGACUAUUUUAUGCAGCUGUAUAUUGACAUAAAGAGUUAUGGUAUGUACAAAAUGUAGAUAAAUACAUGUACAUAUAUAGAGAUAUAAUCUCAUUAUUGUAUAGUUACUGCUCUGAUUAAGCUCAUAUUUGUUCAACAAAUAUUUUUUACCUCCUACUAUUAGCCAUGCCAUCUGGAUGGUGUCACUACCACUCACAUCACAUCCACAGAAUUCAGUUGAAAAUCAAAGUGCAUCUCAUUCUUGUAAAGACUUUAAAUAAAAGACCAAAUGUAAUAUAUAACUUAAUUUAGCACUGAGAGUUGUUUAUUGAGCUAUGAGAUCACGAGUGAGCUAAGAUGGUGACUGUUUUGCUCUUUUCUUCUAUUUAUGUUUCUAUUUGUUUGAAUAGAAAAUGGAACUAAUAUAGAACGAUCUAAUAAUUGUUUUUUUAAACUUCAGCGAUUUUUAAAGUGCCAAUCUUCAUGUUUAGCAAUCUUUUCAGGGAUCUCUCUAUUUUGAAUUUAUCUCAGGUUUGGAUAAAUGAUCCCCUUGAGCCACAUUUCCAAUUUUUUUGAAUAGUUCAUAGUUUGUUUAAAAAGAGCACAAAAGCUAUUACUUCACUCACAG